CCGGUCCGCGGAAAUCUUAGCCAUUACAUCAUUAAAGAUAUCAGCGAAAUUAUUGUUGUGUUUUUGGUUACAACCAUACAAGAUAGGCACCCGUCUCCUUCAACACCAUUGGCACGCCUCUCAAGGCUGUUCCUGACAACAAUACGCGAAAACAGUUUCACUCAGAACCGGCGAUGACCCGAAAAAAUGGCGCUGGGAAACAGCUACGGUGCCUCGGGUUUCAACAUCUGCCCUCUUACGAAGCAGCAACCGCAGGCUGUAAAUGCGAAACAAGUGAUGAGUAUGGAGACUAGUGACCGGCAGCACCCAUUCUGGCUCUCGUGUCACGACCAGCAGGCCCUGUAGCCACGCGCAAGACGCUUCGAGGAAUCGCCUCGACCCUUAGGGAGAGGACCACCGCACCGCCGUCACUAGCAAAAAUACCAGCAAGGGACUUGACUGAGACAGUCUGCGCUGCUUCAGGAGCCAAGCCGGUUAAGUCAAAGCUGUUAAACGUCUUGCAUGCCUUCGGAAUACUCUUUUAUCCAGCCACAGCUUGUGGAAGAGUCCGGGACAGUGCACUCGGAUCUUGGUCUGCACAAGAACAAAACACGGGCAACAUCCGGAAAAAAAGUCACAAUUGUCUCCCGCGGCAGCCCGGCAGUUGAAGGGAAAGUGGUGCAGUGGGCGCGCCUCUUCGACAUGGAUAAUAGCCUCCGGCACAACAGCGUCUGUCACAUGUGUGAGGAUUUGGUCGACCCCUGUGCCGAGUACCGUGCUCGGAAGACUAUCAUUGCACUUUUGACAAACCAGACGUUAAUGAUGUAUUUUCCUUCGAUGCUUCUAACAGGAAGCUGCUCGACGUUUGUUAUCCUCGGCGUAAGCUGGGCUAAAGUGCCUCGAUCACAUAUGCAGAAAACGCUUGCAUGCUGCGCCGGAGCUAGCCUUACCGACCUUACACAACUGUAACUCAAUUCACACUUGGCCAUAACAGUACUUAUCACAACCCUGUCGACCAUAAACAGCUCCAGGUGGGACAUGUCGCACAAAUCUCCGCGCCGUCUAUAGUAGUCCACCCUGCAAGGUCUCACUCUACGGCGUCAGGGUGUGCAAAAAAAAAAAAAA